AUGAGGCGGAUUCUGGUGGGGUGUCUAGUUGCCUUCUUCAUUAAGAAGUGGGUAACGGUGUGCAGGAAGAUAAACGAUUUGGUCAGCAUAGGACACGUGAACGUGUGUGCGAUAGACAUGAGGAUAGCCGAUCCGCAGGAGUGCGUCCUGGAGAAUGAGUUCGGGAAAGCAUUUUUAUUUAUCUGCAACACAAGCGAAUACAUUGAUGACACAUCAGAAGUAAUCCCAGCAAGUUGUGCCCAUAGGACCUUCAUAAAUUUAAGUGAUCCUACUGAAUUUUCCGCAGAUAGUGAUACGUACGAAUUGUUUCAAAAUUUAAUAGGUACUGAGGACUCCACUUUGAAAGGGCACUUGCUCUUUUUUAGCACGCCCUAUUCGAAUAAGGAUAUAGAUCUGAGUUGCUUAUGUUACGGACAAAGCAAAAAAAAAAUUAAACAUGUGAUGAAAUUGGUAUUUAAAAAAACGAAAAAAAAAAUAAAAGGUUGUGAUUUUGGCUAUAAUAUCUUAUCAAGAAGAGACUUAACAAAUAACAUUGACUUGAAUAAAAAUACUCCUUGCGUUAUUCAUGCUUACCCAGGAGAUGUGAUAGGAAUAAAUUGUUACAAGAAGGAGAGGAACCACCCGUACAAUGAAGAUUUGGAGCUGGUGCCGAACAAUUGCUUCCAUAGUGUUCACUACGGAAAUGACAUAACAUUGGCUACCAACAAUUUGAUUCCAAAUUCGAGAGUCAUUCCAGAUUCUACAGCAGAUGUGAAAUUGUCUAAAAUGCAUUCCUACAUGUCUUAUAUGAUUCUACCGAAAGAUAUGACCAUGACAGGUAAAAUCAGCUGCCAGUGCAAACGCGGGGAAUACGUGGGGUCCAUGUUCAUCUAUUUGAAGACGGCAAAUAAUUUGCUAUAUGACUCCAAUGGGAUCGAUCAAAUUAUCGAAAGGGGAAAUGUCGAAGAAGAUUCGGAUGAGGAAUGGGGAGGACGUGCAACAAACGCGGGGGCAGAGUCUAACCAGGGGAAAAGCCACAGGGAAGUCAAAACAGAUGGGAAGGAAAAUAACGAAAGGAAAGAAGAUAUUCACAACCAUUAUAAUAAUAUAAACAGCAUUUAUUACAACUCUGGGGUGAUCCACCCUAGUAGGAGACACAACUAUCAAGGACAGAGUGAGAAUCGCCACCGAAAUGAGGGAGAAAAAUCCAAUGUAAGCGAAUCGACCAGCGAAAGUAACACUUACAACUAUGGUAGUGAUGAAAACAUUGGCCGUGAAAAAUUUGGAAAGAAUUUACCCAACGAAAGCAAUUACGAUGCUUAUUACAUGGGCAUAGGUGACGCAUUCAGUAGGGGCCCGCAACGAAGGAAGAAGAGGACCUUUUGGCAAAACCUCUUUGGGUUGUCUUCUUCUUCUCAGUUUUGCUCCCUUAAUUCGUUGAUACUUUCCUUUUUGGCGUUUAUCUGCGCGGGUUAUUCGUCCCUGUAA